GUGGAGUGGACAUGGGGGAUUAUGAGGCCUUGAUCACAAAUGUACAGCUGACUUCAACCAGUUGUAUGAACACCAUCAAUAUGACUGGACUCUUUGAGGGAGACACAGCCAACAUCAGCUGCCCUUACCCACGAGGCUAUGAAGACAAGGAAAAGUUCUUCUGCAGGGAAGAGAGUCCUGUGAGAGGCUGUGUGGAUCAAAUCACUGUCAAGAAGACGAGUACCUGGUUGGUCAAUGGAAUGUUCUCUGCUUUUGACGAUGAUGUCACUAGGAACUUCAAGGUGGAGAUGAAAGGCCUGACAGCAGAGGAUUCUGGGAUAUACUGGUGCGUAUUUGACAGAAAAUGGAAACCUGCCAACUACACAAGGUUCAUCUUGUUUGUGGGCGUGUAUCUGGUCGUCCCAGUAUCUUUGAGUGUAACAGCACUGAUCAUCAUCAUCAUCAUCAUCAUCUGGAGAUGCAAGAGAAAGAUGACACAUGAGUAG